AUUAAGAAAAACAAUUUCCCGAAAACAGAAAACGAAUUCUCUGUUUGAUUUCACUGCUUUCUUUUUUUCUUCCUCUUCACAGAGUGGAAGCAAAGCAAGAAACAAGAGGGAAUUUCAUUUCGAGAAUCUGGGGAUUUAUUAUGAUGAGUUGUGAUCUGAUUUGAUGUAUUGAAAACGGUUUAUGCUGUGGGAUGUUAUGUAUGAGCUGUUGAUAUAUAUUUGGUUGAGUUUUGGGCUCUAAUAUCUUGGUUGUUCUCGGUUUGAUUUUGUUUAUUCAUUUGUUUACUUUGUUGGUUUGGUGGGUGGAAGCGCAGAUGGGAAGGGGAGGGAAGAUUAAUUCUAGAGGAGAUGUAAAGAGAAGGGUUAGGUCAAAAGAUAAGGGUUCUGAUGAUUCUGAUGAGGAUUAUGUGGUUUCAGAUGAAGGGAAUGAUGUGUCUGAGGAUGAAUUGGAGGAUUAUUGUUCUUCUUUAGAUGGAUAUGCAUCAGAAGAGAGCUUCAAUGGUUUUGUGGAAGAGGAGGAGGAAGUAGAAGAAGAGAAGGAAGCGAGGAAAGUUAUUGGGUUGAAAGUGAAAAACAGUCAUUUAGGAACCAGGGAUAAAACUUCACGGAAGAGGAAAAGGGUUUUGUAUGGAGAUGAAGAAGAUGAGGAUUAUGAAGGGGAGGAGGAGGAAGAGGAGGAUGAGGAUGAGGACGAGGAGUUUACCCCUGAUGAAGAUGAUUCUUUAGAUGAGGAAGAGGAAUUGGUGUUCACAAAGAAGAACACCAGGUGGAAGAAUAAGAAGUGGGGAGGAAAAGGUUUGAGAAAAAAAGGUUCUGUUAGAGGUCAAAAAAUGAGACAACGAACUGCCUCAGCAAAGCCUUCAGGAAAGAAAGGAAGAAGGACUCGGGGGUUGAGGAGGAAAGAAAGAUGUUAUGAUGAUGAAGAUGGUGAUUUUCUUGAUGAUGCUCCAGCUGUGGGAGAAAAGAGUAAGACAAAAUCAAGUCGGAGAGGGAGAAAAUAUGUUGUACGUUCAGAUUCAGAUUUUGUGUCUUCUGGGUCCUCUGAUUAUGAUUAUACAGUAUCAGACGAAGAGAGAGAGCAAGUGAGAGAAGCCAAUGAAUUGUGUGGGAAUCUGAAAACUAGUUUAAGGAGUUCAUUUCCCUCGAAGAAAAUUGAGGAGGAAGAUAACGUACAGGAGCAAAGAAAACCUCCUGCAAGAAAGGGUAAGGAGAAGAUGGAAGUGGUGAAGCAUGAAGUGGCAAAGCAAGUAUGUGGUAUAUGUCUUUCUGAGGAAGAUAAAAGAAGAUUCAGGGGAACUCUGAACUGUUGCAGUCACUUUUUCUGUUUCAAUUGCAUCAUGGAAUGGUCAAAAGUGGAAUCACGUUGCCCUUUGUGCAAGCAACGGUUCAAGACUAUUACUAAGCCUGAAAGAACAGCAGCUGGUGUUGAUUUGAGAAGUGUGGUGAUUCAAGUACCCAAGCGAGAUCAAGUCUAUCAACCAUCUGAGGAAGACCUCAGGAGUUAUCUUGACCCAUAUGAGAAUGUUAUCUGUUCUGAAUGCCACCUAGGAGGGGAUGAUGGCCUAAUGUUACUGUGUGAUAUCUGUGAUUCAUCAGCACACACCUAUUGUGUUGGCCUUGGGCGGGUUGUACCUGAAGGCAAUUGGUACUGUGAUGUCUGUAGACCUGUUGCUCCUGGAUCUUCUAGUUCCCUAGCUCAAGAUCUUUUACCUGAUCAAAGAAGCACAAACAACAACUUGUUUAAUAGACCAUCACCCAUCUUAAGUUCUGGGGAAAGUUUAGAACCUUCUUCAUUGUCUUCCCCUUGUAUACUCUCAACUCAAGGUUCUGUAAAUCUUUCAUCACCUAGAGUUAGUGUUGGAGAUGUUCAGGCAGCUUCUCCAGGAUCUGGAGCAGGGGCACCAACCCUCUCGGGGAGACGCUGGAUACACCGUCAGAUACAAAAUCUCAUUUCUAUUAAUAGAAUGAAUUUUAUGGCUGGUAGUGUUAAUGAUAUGCCAACCCCCAAUUUGAGUAGUGACAUUUUGAACUCUCAAAUAGAACAGAGUGGGGAAACAGUAGUUCAACAAGCAAGUUUAUCAGGAAACACGGAGCUAUUGCAUCAGACACUUAUUGGGGAGAGAUUACAUGAAUAUCCCUCUUCUUUGGCAGAAAAUAGUGGAUUUUUUGUUUCAAGAUUAAGCCAUUUGAGAAGGCAAGCGGUUCAGGAUCCAACAAUGACUACCAUGAAUAGGCCUGCCAAUUUAACAUUAUGGCCAGAACUUGCUGGGAUCAAUUCAAUACCAUCCUAUGAGCAAUUGCGACAGUGCGGCAGUAUAUCACAUAUUGGGUCUGAUGGUGUUUUGUCUCCUUUCGCAGCUAAGGAUGAGGGUGAUUUUUAUGCAGCAAAGGAACAGUUGCAAUCAAUUGUCAAAAGCCAUUUGAAAAACUUGUCCAGAGAUAUCGAACUUGACCUCAGUACAUUCAAGGACAUUGCAAGAAGUUCUACACAUACGAUUUUAGCUGCUUGUGGUCUCGAACACAGGAGGAAUGAGGUUUACUUUGUGCACCCACCAUCGAUUUGUUCUCAUGUAGAAAGAUUGGCAGUUGGACAGACUAGUUUAAUGAAAGGUUUCUGCUCUUCUUGCUUUGAUACUUUUGUAAAAGAUGUUGUGAAGAGAAUCAUGGAUACAAGGAUGCCACAAUGGUUAAGUUUAGGUCUUUAGGAUUGAUGCAGAAAGUUUAUCUCUCUUCUCAUGUCUUUUUGAUAGGAGAUAGACAAUUUAUUGUAACUUGUUAAUAGAGAUAAUUAGCUGAGUACAUUGAGCACCAAUAAAGUGCUCCAUUCUUGUAUGGUCAUCGUACUAGUCAUUGUUUAGGCUGGACAAGUCAAACCAUUUUUACUACUCACCAA